AUGUAAUACGUCCCCUUAACAGUUCAUUUGAAUGCUCUCGCCUAACUCUACCAAUAGUGUGCUGCUCUAUCUGAAAAGCAUGAUAGAUUGGCCAAAGGAAUAGACAUAUUCAAUACAGAAGUUCAUCAAUUAACCAUUCCUACUUUGAUCGAUUAAGAACGAGUCUUACAGGAAUAAAACACAGAGGCUCCUUAAAACUAAGAUUAUAGUUCAUAGAAACAAAAUUCUCCAACCCCAAGCUAGAAGACUCCUAUGGAGAUCGAUUUGGGAAGUGACGACGAUGUUCCAAUGGAGCAAGGAACCAAGCCAAUAUAAAGUGAGACCAAAAAAAUUAAAAAAAAUAAACUAAGUGUGGAUGCUUCUAAAAUGUUAUAAUGCCCAGAAUGCCGAAAGCAAGUAAAAAAUGUUGCAGGUCUAAAAAGACAUUAAACAAGAAUGCAUAAUAAUAAGCCUUUAAAAAAUGUGACUAAAAAAAUCUAGGAAAAAAGGGAAUAGGGUUCAAAACUAACUUGA